AUGAUCGGUGCCGCUAGGCGCUGGCUCCGGCGCAAUCGCAAAGGUCUUGCGAUCGGGGCUGGGGUCCUGGGAGCUGGCUACCUGGCCGGGCAGUAUGUGCUGUCCAAGAUCUCCGAAGCGCGAGAGCGCAUGAGCAGCGAUCGGAUUGCUCGAGAGAAUUUACGACGCCGAUUCGAACAGAAUCAAACCGAUUGCACCUAUACUGUCCUCGCCCUGUUACCCACUGCUACCGAAAAUAUCCUAGAAGCGCUCCCCGUGGAAGAAUUGACAAAGGAGCUUCAGAAGAAGCGGGCGGAGAGACUGGCGCGUCUCAAUGCCGGGGAAGUAGCGGGCUCGGACAUGACCUCGGUAUCUCCCAGCGUGACCGAGGAUGAUCGGAAAAGUCUCUCUAGCUUCCAGAGUGAAGGAUACUUGCACGCAAGCCAGCUUGGGGAUUCAAUCAAUCCUGAUGGACAAACUCAGGUGAAACGGAACAAGACUCAGCUGUGGAAUGAAGUCAAAAUCACAUCCAUCACUCGGUCCUUCACGCUUAUCUACACCCUCUCGUUGCUUACUCUCUUCACUCGCAUCCAACUCAACCUCCUCGGCCGUCGAAACUACCUGUCCAGCGUCAUUUCUCUGGCCACACCACCGACCGACUCCACAAUCAGCUUGGAAGACCACGAUGACGAGCUGACGCAGACUCUGGGUGACGAUUUCGAGACCAAUCGUCGCUAUCUGGCUUUCAGCUGGUGGCUGCUACACCGCGGAUGGAAGGAGCUGAUGGAAAGGGUUCAGCCUGCAGUCGAGGAGGUUUUCGGUCCUCUCAACCCCCGCGAAGAUAUUAGUUUAUCCAAACUGUCGGAGUUGACGUUGCAGAUCAGGAAGAAGGUGGAGGGAAGCACCGAAGAGGAACGACGAUCCAAGAAAUGGCUCUCCUGCUUGCUACCCCCAUCAAAAGAAGAAGAAUACGUCCUUCGUGAAUCUGGCGUUGAGGGGGUUGCGGAUCCAUCGUCCUCGCAGACUGCCUCGAAGCUGCGCCAUCUUCUUGAUGAAACAGCCGACCUCAUCGACUCCCCAUCUUUCUCCUUCGUUCUGACUCUUCUGAAUAAUGAGGGGUUCUCGACCUUGGUUGACCAGAAGUGCGCUAAUGAGGCCUUCAAGGCCCCAGUCGCUGCUCCAGAGACAGUGCCACAGUCCUUCGAUUCCAUGGCCACGGUUGUUCCUGCUGCGUCAGAGCACAAGACUAAGCUUGCGAACUUGCUGGCCGUUUUGGCUCGCCAGGCCCAUGUAAUUGGUAAUGGAAUUCAUCCGCCCAAUGAAUACCUGGUCGCCAUGGAUCAGAAUGUACGGGAGCUUGAAGCCUUUUCCGCGGUCAUUUACAGCUCAAACUUUGACCUUGAGCUUCUUGGUGCCAAAAAUGCGGCUGCGGCUGCAGGGAAUGUGGGCGAGGAGUCUGCGGGGCUAGACUCGACGUCCUCGUCCUUUGCUGCUGUGAUGGUUGAUAAGGAGGAGGAAAUCACCCCCACCGCUGAUAUCACACAGAGUGUCCCAGUCCUUGUAGACUGCGAGCCGCAAGCGCUUGUUUCUGAACCUACGACCACUGCCGCUGAAGACCAGACUCUCGAGAAGAAUUCCCAGGAGGAAGCAGCUGACUCUGCUUUCGAGCGAGCCUGGGGUAAGGCUGUUGAAGACGGACAGACUUCGACCGAGCCGGAGAGCCAGGCAUCCGCCCAAGCCUGA